ACUAAUUCUCCUGAAUUUAAAUACACAAUAUUUCUGAGAUAUAGGUAUUUAAAUGUAGACUAAAUUUAAUCCUCAGUUAAUAUUUAAAUGUGACAAUCAAUGAUCCACUCACACACCCUGGUUUGUGUAUGUACACAAAUGAAUGGGUGGUUACACAGUUCACAUACCAAUCAAUUAAAACCAUUGACAAUGGAUCAAUGAUUAUAGAGUGUCUAUAAAAGUUAGUGUCAGUAUGACAUAAUGUAUCAUACACAAUUUCAAAACAAACAAUCGUAACUAAAAUUGGACAAUGACAUCGUUCACAGUUUUGGAGAGAUUGGAACAGUCACUGUGGUUUAAAUGUAAUGCGAUAAUUAUGAGAUCGAAUUAAAGACAAAGUGUUACAUGUAUGGAUCCAACUGAUCACAAACACCUCUUUGUUUUAGUGCAUAGCUGAUGUUUAAAUAAAAUAACCACCAUGAAGAUGACAAUAUACGUGGAUAUACUUACUGUGACAAUAUGCCUGAUAUUAAGUAGAACAGUCACUUGUUAUACAGUCGAUCUAUCAUUUAAUUCUUACAAUUGUGAUGAAUACGCAAGAAGAAUACCAUUGGAUAAAGAAUAUACCCUAACUUGGUUAGGAAAAACAGAUCCCAAAAUAUGUACUUUUAACUUUACUGGUGGCGACAACGGACAAUGGUCUACUAAUUAUAAAGUUUGUUUUGAGACUGAACAAUAUGACUUACCAUCAUUCGAUGUAGAAUUAGUUGUUUCUAAUGGUACCGAGAAAUGGGUUUACGAUAGUUCAGAUAUGGGAAUUGAAAGCAAAUGUGUUAAUAAAGCUAAGGAUAUGAUGUUUAAGCUUGUCGUAUCAAAGAAUUACCAAGUGUCCACGUGGAAUCUGAAAUUGAAAAUAACAUCACAAACGUUUGUAGAUCAAAAAGUUGGAGAAAUUUGGGACCAAAUACUUAGUGUAAUAGAAGAUAUUAGUCCAGUGGCAAUUGUUGUGAUUGUUGUGUUCUGUAUACUCAGUAACCAACGUGCACGGGAGCAAUGUCGUUCUAUGCUCAUGAGUGUUAUAGACAAAAUAAAGGGAAAUAACUCAAGGCAGAGACGUGAUCCAGAAGUACGGAGAGACUCGGAACAUUCUGUUCGCUUAAAUGUAGACGAAACACAACUAAGUGAUAACUCAAGUGCAGAGACAAUAAGUUUACAAAACAUUCCUAUAGAACCAGACGGGCAACCUAUACCUCAGUCCAACAGUAAUUUACCUGAUGCACCACCUCCUAGCUAUGAUGAAGUUGUCAAAAAUACAAAUAAUGACAUUAGUAAAUGUUAAUAUUUACACGUAUUUGUACUUUAAAUUAUAACCAGUAAUUCCUUUUCUAACGGAAAGCUUUAGUAUAUUUCAAUAGACAUCACUGACUUCAGUACAUAAUACAUCUACGAAAACUCAGGAAAGAAUUUGCUUAAAAUUUAUAUAUAUAUUUUGUUCAUAACAAGUGAAAUCUUCCACAUAUUAAUUCCGAUGUAGCUACAUGUAUUUCACAUGUUUGGUGGUAAUUCUAUUUUUGAUGUUUGUUUAAUAGUAUAACUUUGGUGCACUUUGUCAAAUAUCUAUUCAUGGAUAUAUGGAAUCAGGCAAUUCAUCCUUCCACAACAAAUGGAGCCUCAUUUUGUGUACAAAAUAGCAUAAUUAAUAAACUGAUCAUAGUUUGAUGUCACCAAGACCUGCUAACUGUAACUAUUGAUCCAUUUUUUUAAUGUUAUAUUUUUUAGACUGAAAAAGUCGUCGCUAGACUGCAUGUAUCCAAAUUCUUAAAGAAUGUAUUGAAGGAACAUUUUUGUAUUUUUUUUAAAAGGAAAGAGACAAAAAAGGUUUCUAGUACCUUAUGUUUGGUAUUUCAAUUAACACUCAGUGUAAUAAUGCUUAAAGUUUGUUCACAAUCAAAACAUCGUUUAUCAAAAUCCAUAUUAAAAUACAAUCUAUAGAAUUUCAAUACAUUUUGUAUUUUAUUGUUAGUCCGAGUUAUAUAUUCUCAUCAUUCUGGGAAAAUGAAACAAAUCUAUAUUUGAGUAUUGUUGAAUUGUUAC